GUACAGUCUUCCUCUCUCUGCCGCAUGCAUCAUGCAUCGAUAGAUUGUAGAGCAUAGACCAUCCCCCCAUCUGUCGACCAUUGCAUGAACAAUCGCCGUGCCGAUGGUCGCAGCUCUUUUCUUACGUGCCUCUCACCCGGCGGUGCGGCCAAUUGGCCUGCAACAGGGCCAGGGCCAGGGCCAGGCUGCAGUCAGUCGCUUGAGCGGCGCUAGUCGGUCUGCAAUUCCGGGGCCGAAAAGAUGGUCGUUUUCCAAGAUUCGGAUGCUCUCGACAUCCGCACCGAAAUGGCAGGUGGACACGCUUGCCCGAACUAGGAACAUCGGUAUCAUUGCACACAUCGACGCGGGCAAAACGACGACCACAGAGCGCAUGCUCUAUUACAGUGGAUUUACCCGAAGGAUCGGCGAUGUCGAUGAAGGCUCCACGGUCACUGACUUUCUUCCCGCUGAGCGCGCUCGAGGGAUUACCAUCCAAUCUGCUGCCAUCACCUUCCACUGGCCGCCUCGGGAGGAGGGUGCGCCGGCUCAGAAAGAUACGUCUACUCCCAGGUCGGCGUCAUCUCACACAGUCAACUUGAUUGAUACCCCGGGCCAUGCCGACUUCACAUUUGAGGUCAUGCGGUCCCUGCGCAUCCUAGAUGGCGCUGUGUGUAUUCUGGACGGCGUAGCCGGCGUCGAAGCCCAGACGGAGCGGGUCUGGCACCAAGCCAGUACCUACCGGAUUCCCAGGAUUGUCUAUGUCAACAAGUUGGACCGAGACGGUGCGGCUUUUGGCCGUACAGUCAGAGAGGUCGGCACUCGACUGUCAGGCUAUCCAGCGGUCUGCCAGAUUCCCUGGUUUGAGGGCGGAAACGGCCGUUUCACUGGCGUGGCCGAUGUGAUCAACUUGCAGGGCCUCCGUUGGGAGGAAGGGGACGGCAAAACAGUCAAAAUGUUCAGCCUCCAACAGCUAGACACGGAGGAAGGUCAACUCGCAAAGGAACUCAGGCGUGCGAGAAUCGCCCUUGUCGAGCUACUGAGUGAGCACGAUGAGACGAUGAUUGAGAAGUUCUUUGACCACGAGGAGGAUCACCUCGCCAUUCCUCCUCAAGACAUCCUGGAAAGCUUACGUCGGUGUCUUUUGCAGGAGCAAGGUAGGAAAAUCAUCCCCGUCUUUGCAGGUGCGAGCUUCCGCAACGUAGGUGUCCAGCCUUUGCUCGACGCCGUAACAAAUCUCCUCCCGAGUCCUCUCGAGAGCCCUGAACCAGAGGUGAGCAUUGGGGGGGUCACGGGAGGUCUCCGGCGCCUGCUCUCUGGUGAUCUCCUCGUGGAGCAGAGCCAAAAGGCUGCACCUCCCAAGGGUAAACAGAAGAAAAAGUCCGCUGUGCAAGCCGAGUCCCAAGCUGCGAUUCAAAAGCUCCAAAGCUGCGCCUUGGCCUUCAAGGUCGUCAAUGAUGCGAAGCGGGGAGUUCUCGUCUACGUGCGCGUGUACUCAGGGUCCCUGGACCGAAACAGCCUGCUUUUCAACACCAACCUCAAGGUCUCCGAGCGUGCACCACGCCUCCUGAAGAUGUACGCCAAUGAUGCAGUUGAGGUUGAUUCUAUAUCCGAGGGAAACAUCGGAGUCGUGGUUGGCCUUAAGCAUACGCGAACCGGGGAUACGCUGGUGUCUUACGCCACCAACAAAGCCACGCCGCCAGAGCCCCUCGACACCCUCCAACUACGCCCUAUCCAAGUCCCGCCUCCCGUCUUCUUUGCCAGCGUUGAACCACACAGUCUAAGCGAAGAGAAGAAGGUCCAAGCGUGCCUGGCCUUGCUCCUACGUGAGGACCCUAGCCUUCAAGUCACCGUGGACGAAGACUCCGGCCAGACGCUACUGAGCGGAAUGGGCGAACUCCAUCUCGAAAUCGCCCGGGACCGCCUGAUCAACGACCUGAAAGCGAAAGCCUCAAUGGGUCGCAUCGAGAUCGGGUACCGCGAAUGCGUACUCGGUGCGUCAAGCCCCGUUACCAAAAUCUUCGACAAGGAAAUCGCCGGACGCAAGGGCAAAGCCGGAUGCACCGCGGUAGUCGAGCCAUUCGAUCCGGACAACUCUCCACCGCCCACCGAUGUCCUCCUGGUCGAGAACAAGUACGGAAACCAGAUCGUCAUCGUUGCCCCGGAGCUCCAGAUCGAGGAGAACCGCAAAGGCGUCGAGGAAAGCCCCCUCCUCCCAGCCGGGCUGAAUGUCGAUUCUGUCCGAAACGCCCUUCAGAACGGCUGUCUCGCGGCUCUCGCCCGCGGACCCCAGUUCACCUUCCCCAUGCACAACACCCGCGUCACGCUCACCUUCGACCCAGCCGUGCAUCUCUUCGGGAACGAAACCACCUCCGCCGCUCUCUCCUCCGCCGCGCGCCUCGCCACCUCCACCGCGCUCCGCGACGUCGCCGCCCCGUCCAGCGCAGGCACGUCGCUGAUGGAACCCGUCAUGAACGUCAUCAUCAGCGUCGACGAAGCCAGUCUCGGCAGCGUCGUCCACGACAUCUCCUCGUCCCGCGGCGGGCACAUCGUUUCCCUGGACGAAGAAGUCCCCAUCACCUCCACAGACCUCUCCUCCUCCCCCGAACCCUUUGAAAACCUGCCUCCCAUCGACCCGACCAAGGUCUACGCCCCUCGUGACCCCUUCGAGACCAUCUCCGUCGGCGCCUUCCUCCCCGACACCGCCAACCGCCCCCGAACAAUCACCGCCAAGGUACCCCUCAAGGAGAUGGUCGGGUACCUCAAACACCUGCGCAGUCUGAGUGCCGGCCGCGGUACGUUCGUGAUGAGCGUUGAUCGGUUCGAGAAGAUGAGCCCGCCGCGACAGAAAGCUGUGCUGGCGGACCUCAGGGGGGAGUUUUGAUUAUCACCCUCCACCUCCACCCUCUCAUGUCAUAAUCUAAAACAAUCUUGUACAAUAUACACAGAAUUACUAUAUCUAAUAGCUAGAUAAUAGAUAAAAAGGUUU